AUGUUUUUUACAUUAGGGAAAUUUAUGUUUCUAUUUCUUUUAAUUUUACCCUCAUCGCUGGUCCUGAUUGGAAAUGGUAAGGCACUUUAUCUUGCGUGAUUUUUAUUCUUUUGUAACGUAGGAAAGUCAGUCUGGAUACUCGAACUUUCGAAUCCCCUAGCGUCCAGUGAUGUUUUAGGCAUUUGGAAUGAUCGUACCAAUGUAGAGCUAGUAACAACUUGAAAGUUGCAAUUCGGGAGAUUGUUUCGCCGACGAGAGUGUUUUAUUUUCGACCUCGCAGCAACUCUCGAAUCUUGCUUCUUUCUCUCUGUUCUUUGAUCAACAGAAGUUGUUGUCUUUUCGUUGGGCGAAUGAUUUCCUUUGUUUUGUCUGAGGACUAGAUCUUAAUCAAUAAACAGACCGUUAGAGAAUAGCAGUUGAAAUGUUAUGCAUACUUCUCUCACAAUGUUUCCUGUUUAAAACAAACGUAAUUUUUAUCUUCGUUUGUGUACGUGUCAUGAAAUCAUUGGAACAUAAACAGACAUGUGUGUUAUGGCGCGAGAAGACGAGGUCGAAAAUGAGCAAGAAGUUGCAAAACCGACUGAAGCUGAAGCCGCGGGAGAUGAAGAAUAUGUUGAAGAUGUUGUAGAAGAAGAAGUUGACGAUGGAAAGGUUAGAGUUAUAAGAGUUACUGAUGAAUGUGUAGACUUCUCCCCAGUGUUAUUUUUAUUGUUAACUUGCUUUUAUAAAUUGAUACGGUUAAAGCUUUUAUGUGAAGUCAUGGUUCAGUUAUUUCAUCCCAUACCUUUACUGCCAGUCUCUCUUGGGUAACUGCAUUAAAGGGAAUCUCAUUUGUUGUGUUCAUUUUCUUACUAUUACAGAGAGUGAAUGAAUGAAACUGUACUGGGUCAUUGAAAAACAACAUUAGAAUUAAAAUGAGCACUAAUGUAAUGAAAGUAUUUGUUUCAACAACCUGAUCAAUGGACUUUCAAUAUUAUGUAAAAUUAACAAAACUGUAAAUUCCUUUUACUGACUAAAAUGCUCUGUAGACCUGUGGACAUGUCUAUCUUUUAACAUAGCUCACAUUUUGAGGUUUUUUUACAUUAGUUUUGUUCUAAUGCCCAGUUUCAAAAUCAUUCUGAUUCAAGCUAUAGGUGUAAUGUAAUUAUUUCUGAAAUUUGGCUGUUUUCCAGUAUUCGCUCCUGAUAUUGUUGGUCUUAUUUCAUUAUUCAAGCCUUAUACCCUUAUGUUAUUGCAGUUCACUAUUUAAAAUAAUGCAUUUUGACAACUUCAUUUUAAUUUACUGUCUAAGUUCCAAAAGUAACUAAAACUUUAGUUUUAAUGGGUUUUCACAUAAACAGUAGCAAUGGUAGUUUUCAUGGGUUUUCUCAUAAGCAGUAUCAAAUGGUAUUAAAAGCUCUCUAAUAAUAUUACUAUCUAGGGAUAUCAAAAUUGUUCAGGCAAUGUUGACCUUAGUUGCCAUUUGUUACAUAUAAUUCACCGACCAUACCAGAGACCAAAUAACCCAUAUUCAGCUGUAAUAUUGAAUGCUAUGUUUGCAGUAUUAUGCUUUGUUAAGAUCAUUGCUUUUCAUUGUAUAUGGGGGUGGUUUUGUGGUUAAGUAUUUGUUAGUGGCAGAGUUCCAGUUUCUAUUAAUUUGGCAAAAACAGGUUGACACUGAGGAAGAGGAGGAAAAAGAAGACAGUCCUGCCACAAAAGACACUGUAAGUAGUGAUUUCAUUAAUAGAGAGAUUGAGUCACAUUUACAGCGAACGACAAACAUCAGAUUCAAGUUGAAAAUUUCUCAGAAUAAAAAAUAAGCAGAUAAAAACUGUACAGAACAAGUCUUAUGUAUAAAAUUGGUGUGAAACUACUUGUUUUUUAUCUGAAGUAAUAAAUAGUUAACAACAAUUAAGGGAAGAACUUGGUUACGUGGUACUAAUUCACGUUUGCCUUUUGGCAUAAACGUAAAUCUUAAUCUCUCUAAUCAUUGCUUUUUUACAUGCACUUCCUGCAGGUUCCAGUGAAAAUGGCAUUGUUUUAAGUUUUUAAUUGUAGCAACUUUGAGUUGACCAUUUUCUAUUCUGAACUGGCUGACAAGAAUAAUAUUCUUGGUGUCUUGACUUAGAAAUUUAUUUGUUGAAGUAGAUAAGACAAAAUUUUCAGUUAAUAUGUCAGUUUAUUAAGUUUAAAUGUUUCCUAAACAGAAUUAUUAAUGUUCAGAGUUGAACAUUUGACCUGGUAUGACUUUGCUGGGAGAAUAAAUUGUGGUGAAUUUCACAGCCUUGCUUUCUAUGGUAAUCUUACAUGUAAGAGUAGAAAACCAAUAAUAUUGCUUUCACAUUUUCAGAAAACUGAGGCCGAAGGUGGUGAAGAAGAAGAGGAGAAAGAGGAAGCACUCAAGCCAUCACCAGAUGCUGAUACUGUCAUUCUUUUUACCAAGCCUGCCAACCAAGGUACAUGAUACCCUAAUGACUUUCAUUCUGGAACAAGUUCAUUCCAUCUCCAUACAUUUUUCUGUAUUGUUUGCAUGAUACCGAUCAAAAGGACAUUCCAUUCCAAUGCAAUACAAGUCAUUCCGUAGUGAGUUCCUUUUGAUUUUCGAUCCGAAUGAAAUUCUCGUUCUGAUAUGAAAUUUCAUUCUGGUAUCAUGUAAACUGGAAACGAACUUUGUUCCAGAUUGAAAAUCAUGUAGCCUUGGACGAGAGUGGCGCAUGCAAGUCUGAUCUGGUGCAAAAAGCAUGUGAGCAAAAACACCUUAAGGUUUUAUAAGCUGAGCCAGUCGAUUAUUCAAUCUGCAGUGAAAUUCAUACCAGAAUGAAAGUCAUUCCAGUAUCAUAUAAACAGCCCCUUACACACCUGCCUUUGUUACUGAAGCUUCUAAAAAGUAGAGGUUUGUUAUAAGGAUGUUCAUCGUUUAUUAAUAGAUCCAAAUUAAAUACAGGACUCUCAGUAAGAUUAACUUAAGACAUUCAAGGCUGUGCGCUAAGAAAAAUUGAAGGGAGCCUGUUGCUCUGAACCUGUGAAAUCCAGGGUGUCCAGCUUAUGAUUUCUGUGAAAAAAACUAAGAUUUUCUAGUACGUAACCAAGGAGCCAAAAGUUAGGUACCAGGGGCCACUAGGUACUGUUAGAGCUCAGCCUGACAUGGUUUAAGAACUUAUUGUCAACAGGCCACUAACUGGAUUAGGAAAAGGGCGACAGUCAGUCAGAAAAACCUUUUAUGACUUCCUAAGUUUCAAAACAAUUUUUGCAUCCAAGUAACAUUUCUUUGAAAUAUUAUUCUUUUCUUAUAGAAUAUCCAGCUGGUGAGGUGAUCAAGUGUCUUGUUGGUCUGGCAAAUAACGGCAAGAAUGAUUUCAUUGUGGAACUGGUAGAAGCAUCUCUGAGGUAACUGCAUCUUUUUCAGUUACAAAAUCAAAAGUAUGGUAGUGGUAACGCAAUAUUAGACUGAAAUUUCCUUCCUUUUUUCUUUUGGUUUUUAAGAAGGUCUAAAAGAAACUUUACAUUUUUGCAGAAUAAAAAAUGACCAGAUUUUAACUUGCUGGGUAUAUGCAAUAAUAAUUAGCAGCAGUAGGAGAUGAAUUGAAGAGCGAGCAAAAACUUUUUUCACUUGUGAAAACUACAGUCACAGACAAAAGUUGUUGGGAAGGUUGUGCAACUUGACGGUAGUCCAUUUUAAUCCUCAAAAAAGAGAGUUUUCUCUUUUGCUAAAUAUCCCCCAUUCCCCCUAUUCAAUGUUGGGAUGUAACAGAACAAUAACGCACACAAACAUUAACGUUUUGCUCAACAUUGGGCCAGGGGCACGGGAGGAAGGAAAAAAAGAAGUAGAAAAAGCAACCUUCCCAGCACUUUUGACGAUGAUUGUAGUUAAAACCACUCUUGGACUCAUCAACUUACAUACUUCCAUGAUAAAAUUCUAGACAUUUCCAAAUAGUCUAAUUAUAGAAAGAUUACAAAAUAAACCUUUUUUCAAACACUUACAAGAGGUCCUGAAAUAAACAAACUUUGAACCCUCGCGAAGUUUCUCUGAGAAUGUAACCCUAGUCACACAAGACAAUUUUUUGUAACAAAGUUGAUGUUGUCCUCACUUUUAAUCACAUGCUGUAUUUGUAUUGCAGGUAUCCUCAAGAUUACACAUAUUUCAUUCAAAAUGUAAGUUAUCUUCAAAUUAAAAAUGCUCUGCAAAAAAUAUUUUUUCCUGUGAACAUUUUAGUUUUUCAUUUGGAAUUAUGUCUGUUACAUGUAGUUUUAAGUAUUUUACAAUUACCACUAACAUAACAAAAUUUGUGAAUAUUACAUGAGAAUUAUUUAAAAAGUUUUUUUUAAUUUUUUUAUUUAUUUGUUAUUAUUUUUUUGACAGUUUACUGCAUUCCAGUACAAUACUGUAGUUCAACCAGGUAGUCAGGUAUGUUUUUUUAACAAAUUUUGAUUCAACAGGGUUGAAGUAUUGGUCUAACCAACUAGUACAUACAGGACACCAAGCAAGUGUUUUAAGGGACCCAGGGAUGUUUCCUCUUAACCUGCUGCUGGUUAAUUUUCAUACCAUCAGCUCAAAUUGCCCUUGAAAACAAAGAUAUGGGCUAAUUUUGAAGGUGCAGUUAAGUGAAAAAGCCAGCAUGACUAAUAAAAAAGCUUGCUCAGCUUUUGCUCAUAUACAUCCCUGGGAAGCACAUGGCUCCUUAAUAUGUCACAGUCGUCACUAAUUCCAAAGACUUUGUCACCUGAUUUACUUCUAAUCAGAAAGCCGGUUUUACUCUGCUAUUAUGAGAGUUAGACUCUCCAGAAUGAUAUUGAGAAUUUUCAGUGCAGGUGCCACUGGACAGUUUUAAUUCUGCAUUACGAACAUCCAGUCUGACCCAACGCACGGUACAAAGAAAAUCAUUUUUACAGCUUGCCAUUCGGGCAAGCUGAAGCUAACAGUUACUAGCCCAAACGUCAUUUCAACUAUCCCCAAAAGCUUUUUGAAGAGCAGAAUUGACCUCACAGUUCUUCUGUUAUUCGAAUUCCUCAAAAAAGAUCACUUGCCCGUCGGGCAAGUUAACAACAAGAUUCACUAGCCCGAUAGCAAAAUCCACUAUCCCCGGGCUAUCGGACACCACUUUCUUUGCACGCUGAAAUGUAUCUGUUAACUAUUAGAACACUGCAAAGGAACUUGAUUACUAAGAAACGGCUUGUAAUCCAAGAUGGCAUCUGCAGUUGUAGUAUUUUUCUUGGUGGAACUUGUGCUAAAUUUUCUGAAACAAACAAGGACCUCUGACUGCCCAUCAAUGCCACACUUUUAUUCUAAAAACACAUUAAUUUUUUCCAAAAUUCACAAGGUCUUCAUAUAAGAAGUGAUGAAUUCUAACUGCCAAUUUGCAAGCAACUUUCAGGUUUUCUUGAUACUUUGAAAGAUAACUUGCAAAUUCCUUGGUUUGUACUUAGGCAUCCUUUGAAUAUGCAUUCAAGCCUCAUGAGUCUUUUGGUGGACGACCAUUUGGACUUACCAUUAACAUGAUGUACAAGGAUUCGGUGAGAUAUUCAUGUCAAAAUAGAAUAAUUUUAUCACUAGUUCACAGCCUGAACAACUUGUUCCCCAUUAGCUUGGUUGGUGGGGUGUCCACUUGCGGAGCAGAAGUUUGUUGGUCAAAUGUUAACCUUACCAGCAACCAGGUUCUUUGAGUUUUUCUAUUCCUGAUACUAAUGCUUAUUUUGUCCAUCAGGAAGGCAAAUCCUUCAUGGAUGCAGUAUUUAAUGAGACCAUCAACAUUACAGAGAGUGAUGAAGGAAUAGAUGGUGAAACGUAAGGACUCACUGCUAUCAUUCCAUACAUGUAACUUCUGUAAUCAAUUUUUUUGUUGUUGUUACAUGUACUAUGCACUACACUAAGUGAAUAUCUGAUAGUAGGAAACUAUUCCCAUGCAUCAAAUUUUCAUCUAAAUUAAAAACAGACAGACAUUUAGAUUUGUCCUUUCCUUUGACAAGAAAUUCUGAAAUGGGCCUUUUACAUUCAACAACUUGUUCUAGAUUACAGUUUCUUGCCAACAGUAAAUCUUGAUUUUGUGACGAAUUUAUACAUAGAAUAAUGUUAAUUUUGCUUUGUGCAAAGGAAUGAUCUUGUUUUAAACUUCAUCUGUUUCAGCUUCUUUUUGUACGUGUUCCUGGCUGCAGUUGGCCUUUUGUUGGUUAUGGGAGGUCACUAUGCCCUCACUUCAGUCAAAGUACAUCAUCAUUUUUACUGUUAUUUACUAUUCAGUGCUUAGGGAGCUACUUUAUACUGUUAGCCAAAUUUACUGAUUGACCACUAACUGAGUGAAAAAUAAUGUAACAGCAAAAGAACAUUUAACAAGGCAUCAAAUACUAAGGAAGCCAUGUGUGGGUUCAUAGAAUUGAAGAAGAUCAAAAUAGAAAGUGUUUUGGGUUUUUGAAAACCAUUCAGCCCAUCAGUUUUUCAAAGUUCAUCUUUCUUAUUUGAAAUUUAUACAAGACGUGUUUGCCAUAACACUGAAAAUUGGGACUGCUAAAUUCUCUUUGGGACUCGUGAACUAAGUUCACAAAUUCGUGAUUUGCACCAGUCACUCCUAUUGUCCCAAAAAAUUGGCUGUGAAAGCCUAAAAUUGGUAUCAAAUGGGUUUGAAGAAACAUUGAACAGUUCUACUUUAAAAAUCCCCUUUUUCACAGUGGUCAGGAAGUUUGCUUGGCUAUUUGAAGUUUUAAAACCUGGCUUUCUCUGAUAGAAACUUACCGUAACGCAUUGACAACACAGAGCAUUUCCAACCCUGCCUGCUUUUAAGAUUUUCCAUCUAUUUAAUUAAAUUAGUGGCAGCUCUGGUAUUUGUUCUACUUCACCUUAAAUGACCAAUAACGGUUACUGUAUUCUAUGGUCAUCAAUCUGAAUUGUUGUUUUGAUGCUGAAACAAUCCCUUUUUUUUAAAUAUAGGGAAAGAAGCCAGCUCUCAAGCCUGUAGUAGAAAUGGGAACACAGCAGAAUACUGAUAUUGACUAUGACUGGCUUCCAAAGGAAACAACAACGGAGUUUGGUAUGUUUUGUAGCUCAGUGGUAAUUUAUUUGCUCUUGUAGUCUUUACAGGAGUGAUUUGAGUUUGAUCCCAACGUGGGAACGGAGGAGGGAGUCUGUGUCAGUGAUGUUAGCGUUUUUUCUUCAAGAUUCAUUUUUUAAAAGGAUAUGCAGGAGAGAAUGGCUUUUUUUUAAAAGGAUAUGCAGUAUGAGAGAAUGGCUGGAAUUUUGUUUUAAAGUCUUUUCAUUUGGUGAUUGGUUAGACCCUUGGCCAGUAUAAUUACCUCCUCUGGCCCUCCCAAUGUUACUGGUUCUGGAAUGAUGAAGAAAUCAUAGACUUUUGUAAAGUCUGUUUCAGCUGGUUUAGCGGUGGUUGAUUGGUUAACGUUUGGGAAACUGGGACAUUUUUGCCAACAGGUGUCUUACUUUUUGGCCAUUUUUUUAAUUUUUUGAAACGAAUCUUUUAAUAAUACCUCCACAACAGCUAAAAACUAGACUUUUCAUGUUGACUACAGUGUAAGUCUAGUUAUCAGAGAAAAAAAUGAUGUUGGGACACUUUUCUGUUCCUACGUUCCUCUUUAUAUCCCAAAAAUGUUGGAGCACAAGACGUUCGGUUGCUUUCUGGUGAGUUGCAAUUUUCUGAGCAUAAAAACCUGUACCAUACAUUUUUUUAUUGUGUUUAAACUUUUAUUUGAAAAAAGGGAGGGAAAGACGAUUUGCCCUCUGGCACCAAAAAAAGAAGAAAUGCCAGUUGGCGCCCGUAUUAAAAAGUUAAUUUCGGACCCUGAUUAGGAAAGAGAGGAGAUGGGCAAGAAAGAAGAAAUCAGCGUGCAAUGGAAGAGUCCCAACAAUUUUUUGUCUGAGACUGUAGUAACUUGUUCAAAUUAGUGAUCCUCUCAAAUUACAUGCCAUGGGUACCAGUUAGAAAUAAAAAUGAUCUCACUGGAUAACCCUAAUUAAUUGUACAAUUCGUCUAGCCAGCCGGGUCUCACAAAAUUAAUGGUACACGUAAGAGCUGUUAGCCUGUGAAUUCUUUCGGAUGGUAAUAAUAGACCAAUUUUGAUGUUUUAAAAUUCGUACUUGGCUCCAAGGUUUGGGAGAGUAAAACAAAAGAAUUCAUUGCUAAGACUCAAGUCAAGAUGAUUUUGUUUUUCUUUUAUCCACCCAAUCCUCGGCCAAGCGUGAAUGUUAAUAUACCGUAAAAUUCCGAAAAUAAGCCCCUCCAUGUAUAAGCGACUCCAAAUAUAAGCCCCCCAAACUCGUAACGCAAAAAACCCUGCGUUAAAUUGCCCCUCCAAAUAUAAGCCCCCCUGGGGGCUUGUACUUGGAAAUUGCCCUCAAAUACAAAGUAAAACAAAGCAAAAACGGUAAAUAAAAUUUCCCUCCAACUAUAAGGCUUGCCCAAUCGAUUUUGAAACGCACAUUUCCCUCCAUAGAUAAGCCCCUCUAUAGAUAAGCCCCUCCAAAAAUAAGCCCCUCAAAAAGGGCCUUUGAAAAAAUAUAAGCCACGGGGCUUAUUUUCGGAAUUUUACGGUAUCUAAAUUGGUCUAUUACCCUCCCCUCGCUAAUGUGACAGCUUUUAAUGAUGUAGAAUGGUUAAGGUUAGUUACAUGGAAGAAGUGAAGAAGUAACCACAUCAUUCACUCAGCCAUCAAUAACUGAGGGAUAUUUGGGAUAAGAAGGGGAAAGUAUGUCUCAUAGAAAGGGAAGUGUGUUUCUGGGUUGAGAGAGGGUAUUAUAAUGAAGAUGUUCUUACUUAAACGUUUCGUUUGUCUCUUUCAGCUGGCAAAAAUUCCCCGCGUCGUUCACCGAGAAAUAGGAGACAGAAACGAAACACAGGCUCUGAUGAAUAGAAAUAAGUUAUUAGACUUCUUCAAUAUAAACUUCAUCUAUUAA